AUGCCCUCAGACGCCACAAUGGACUCCCGCUUUCGCGCACUUUGCAUGACUUUUUUCCUCGCAUCGUUCAGCCGGAGGUCAGGUGCAAUCGGACCGGUUAUCAAAUGCGAGCCAUGUGACGCUGGAGCGCGGCUUUUGUGCAAACCUUUGCCCAAGGACUGCGCAGAGAAAGUCCGCGAACCGGGCUGCGGCUGCUGCAUGACUUGUGCUCUGAGUUUCGGCCAGCCGUGCGGCGUGUACACCGGGAGAUGUGGCUCCGGGCUGACAUGUCAGCAUCAGCCCGGCGAGACGAAGCCUCUGCAGGCUCUGCUGGAGGGACGGGGGAUCUGUGCAAACGCUACUACCAGACGAUUCACCGCCAGACCAACACCUCCAGUCAAUGAACUUCCAGCAGAGACUAUUGAGACACAAGAUGAGGAGAGGAAUUCCACUGGCUCCAGCCCUCAAACAUUGUACAGCACCCACAGACCCAUGGGACCACUGAGACCUCCACUUCACCCCCUUUUCCCCUCUGCCAAGUCUGAAGUCCUUCGCCGGGAGCAGCAGAAGCGAACCCAGAGCUUUAAGAUGGAAGAGCUACCGGGACCACUCAUCACAGACCAGCUAAACUUCUCUCUGGAGAAAAAACAGGAGCCUGAGUAUGGCCCCUGUCGGAGAGAGAUUGAGAGCAUCCUCAGCAGCCUCAAACUUACAGACAUUCUCAACCCCAGAGGUUUCCGGAUACCAAACUGUGACAAGAAGGGCUUCUAUAAGAAAAAGCAGUGCCGUCCAUCCAAAGGCAGAAAGCGAGGCUUCUGUUGGUGCGUGGACAAAUACGGGCAGCCUUUGCCAGGUUUUGAUGGGAAGGAGCGAGGAGACGCCCAGUACUACAACUCGGACAGCCAAUAGGAGCAGAGCAGGAUGGAGGGAGGGAGAGUGGGAGUGAGAGCAAGAAGAUUUGUAAACAAAUGGAGACACUGAGGAUAUUGGGAGAGAGGUCAAGAGAUGGCUCAACCGAUAUAUGGAUGUUUGCUAUUUCUAUCUGUUGCCUGUGGGACCUUUUUCUGAGGCAGAGCAGAGGGAACAGAGGAAGAGUAUCAGGAGGAAAAGCCUCCAUGUCACAGAUACAGUCUGUACUUUUCUGCCAUGGAUGGAGUCUUCAUAAGCUGUUUGUCUCUGACCAAACCAAGACAACCUCUGAGUAUUCACCGGAGGUGUUAUUCUGAAUGAGGCAUUUGUAUUUGUCACAAAUGUUGAUGAGAACACUAUUCAUUUUACGCACAAUUAAAUGGCAUUGCACAUGUGUACAUGCUUGUGAUGUGUAAUCAAAAUAUGUAUGCUUGUUAUUUUGUAAGAAGACAUUGUGUUUUGUCUCGACAAACAUGAAAUGUAUGUAAGUCUAAUAUAUGUUGGUAGUUCAGAGUAAGCCUGCAGUGCCUUACUAUGAAUUCUUAUUACUAUGAAUUCCAUUUUGGCCGGAUACUUCCUGCUCCUCAGGGAGCUGGACAAGGCUGUGCAGCUACAGUGCAUAUUAAGAUUUUUUUAUGCUGGAUCUCAAACCUCGGAAAAGAGACUUUUUUCUUUAAUCUGUGCUGUGGUUAGUACUGUUUUGUUGUCAAUUUGCAUAAGCUGUUUUUGUGGGAUAAAGGCCACACACCAUUAUCUCUGAUCUCUGGGUAGCCAGUGAAAUUUUCCUUCAUUUGCCCAUGUUUAAGUAAUUAUGCUGUUUGCAUGUACAAUGCAACCCUCAGAGGUCUAUUUUUAC